UUUUGUUUUCUUGCAUUCAUCAAGUCAAUUGUGUUCUGCACUCGCCGACUUCAUUUCGAUUUCGUCUUUGUACUCGUCGACUUGUGUGAAUUUGACUGCGUUUUUUCCUUUUUUAAUUUUCAAAAUUUUAUUUCAUCGAAUUGAAAAUGCGUGAAAUAAUCUCAAUUCACGUUGGACAAGCUGGAGCUCAAAUUGGCACAUCCAGCUGGGAAUUGUUCUGCCUCGAACAUGGAAUCAAUAUGGACGGCAGCUUGCAAGAGAAGCCAGUGAUCGACGAAAAUACGUCCACAUUCUUCAUGGAAACAUCUGCCGGUAGAUAUGUCCCGAAUAGUGUCUUCGUUGACUUGGAACCAUCGGUCAUUGAUGACAUAAGGCAUGGUUCAUUAAGGACACUGUUUCGUCCCUUCACGCUAUUGAGUGGAAAAGAGGAUGCUGCGAACAACUAUGCGCGUGGCCAUUACACCAUCGGCAAAGAGAUGAUCGAUAAUGUUUUAGAGCAAGUGCACAAAAUGGCCGAACAGUGCAAAGGCUUACAGGGCUUCUUGAUUUACCAUUCGUAUGGUGGAGGUACUGGUUCCGGUUUCACAACGCUAUUGAUGGAACGCUUAGCAAUGGAAUUUCCGAAGAAGAGUAAACUGGAAUUUUGCAUUUAUCCGUCGCCCAGAGUAUCAACAGCCGUUGUGGAGCCAUACAAUUCGGUGUUGACGGCCCAUGGGACACUAGAACAUUCAGAUGUGGCAUUCAUGUUCGAUAACGAGGCAAUAUUCGAUAUUUGUAAAACGAAAAUCGGCAUCGAUCAACCCGGCUACGUGAACUUGAAUCGCAUCAUUGCUCAAGUUGUAUCAUCGACCACUGCUUCACUUCGGUUUUCCGGUUGCAUGAAUGUCGAUCUCAACGAAUUCCAAACGAAUUUGGUUCCGUAUCCACGCGUCCACUUUCCGGUAGUGUCAUACGCACCGUUGCACAGCUUACAAAAGGCGUUACACGAACAAACAUCGGUCGUCGAAAUUUCGAAUGCCUGUUUCGAUCGUUCCAAUUUGAUGGUCAAAUGUGAUCCAGCCAGAGGCAAGUACAUGGCCUGUUGCAUGUUAUAUCGCGGCGAUGUUGUGCCCAAAGACGUGAAUGCAGUGAUUGCUAGUCUGAAGUCGAAGCGACACAUUUCAUUUGUGGAUUGGUGUCCGACCGGCUUCAAAAUUGGCAUCAAUGACAAACGGGUGAGAGCGAUUCCGGGCACCGAACUAGCUGAAAGUUCUCGUGCGGUUUGUAUGUUGGCGAACACAACGGCUGUGGUGGAGGCAUUCAGUCGACUGAACGAAAAGUUCGAUCUGAUGUUUCGAAAGCGGGCUUUCGUUCACUGGUACGUUGGAGAAGGAAUGGAGGAAGGUGAAUUCGGAGAAGCGCGUGAAGAUAUGGCCGUGUUGGAGAAGGAUUACGAAGAAAUCGGAGGCGACACACCGACUGAUGACUAUUAUGAAGAAGUGGAAGAGUUCUAAACAAUGACUGUAGUAGUGUAGGGGUGGGAAAGACGAGUACUGUGAGGUACAACCGCAUCAUACACAAACCAACAAAACCAUCAAUGUCAUCAUCACACCAACAACCACACUCGAAGAGCACUACGCAAUGGGCCCAGCAAUGGUCUCGGUGUCCUUUUUCUUGUAAAUUCAAUUGUAAUUUGUAAAAGAGAACUAUUGAAUCGAUCAAAUCAGGGGUGGGAUGGGCUAGUAGUUUUGUAAUCUUUUUAUUUUUGAUUUGUUAAUUUUUGUCCCAAUUUUUUCUCAAUCUUUUUUAAGUUUAAGUGAAGCUCAGCUUCAACAUGUAGAGCCGAUUCGUUUAUGAUUACUUAUUGUUUUAGCCAUGUUCAUAAACAAAUCGUUUCAUUGGUUGUCCACACAAGCAAUACAAGAUCAAGGAAUUAAUCUUUUUUAUAAGUAGAAUUUUCAAUCAUUGCAAAUAAACUCAAAACCAAUUUA